UUAAUCAAGAGGGCUUGACAGGGAUUAUACCAGAAGCUAAACCUAAAUGGAAGUUACAAAUGGCAAAAACUGAGUUCCUGCAAGAGGUUGAGCCAAAAGAAAAGACACAAACCUCAUCGAGAUGUUUAAAGCCAGGAUAAGGAUCUAUUUUGGGAAAGAUCAUUGAUCUAACUGAUAUUUUGGAAGAAAAGGAACAAGGAUAUCCAAAGAAAUAUUCAUCAUGAAUCCAAAGGAGAUUACCAAGAUUCUGAGGACACAGACUGAUUCUAUCUAUACUAUGAGUCAUGCGAAGCAGAUACCCGAACUGCCACCUUUGCCUGCAGAAGCGGCUUUGGAACCCUCUCAACUGUAUCAGAUGAUCCAAGAGAGCAGUCAUUUCCCCACUCUAAUGCAGCGAGCCUCCUGGAUGCUGGCAGUGCCGCUGAAGGAGCAGCGCUAUUUCCGCAGCCCAAGCAACUCCAUUGGAAACAACUACACCCCGACUGCACGGGACCUGAAGAUGAAAGAUCUGCAGAAGGUGGUUUCAUCUGUCCGAAUGAAAAAUGCCCCUGGGUCCGCCAAACAGAAAGCUGAAUAUCCACCUGCAAAGGAAUAUGCUCCAUCGGAAAAGAAGAUGAAAAUGGCUGAAACCACAUCCCAAGUGUGCAGUUUAGAUGUGCUGAGUCUGGAUAUUAAAGUGGUGGACAAUGGAAUCCCCCAUUAUUCUGACAGCCAUCCUCUGACUCCGGAGGAGCAACUUGUUGUGAUGCGUCAGCAUGAGGAAGAGAUCAGCAAAGGAGAAAAGGCACCCACAGAGGAAGAUCUGGAGAGAUACUGUUAUUAUAUCCACAAAGGCAUUCGGAAAGACAUGUUGGCGCCACAGGAUGAAAAAGUGAUGAACAAUAUUUUGAUCCAUAUUCCAAAUCAUUUUCUUGUCAACCCAGAUCUGGAGGAAUUAUUGAAUGGUUUAAUGGAAGAAAUUCAAAGUGAUUACCAGCUUUGGCUCAUGAAAAACAUUGUUGAUUACAUCUUGAUGGAUCCAGAUGAGAGAAAAAGACUCUUUAUACACAGCAUUCCCCAAUCCUUUCCCCAGCGAGUGAUCCGGGCUCCGGUUCCCUGGCACAAAAUGUAUCAAGAAGCAAAAAACUGGAACGAGAGCCACCUCUUCACAGUUAAUCCUAUGAUGCUCACUCUGCAGCAUCUCUGGUUUACUGAGUUUUCUGAACUGAGAUUUGUUCAUACCAAGGAGAUCCUUGAUGGUGAUUUGCCCCUUCUGCCAAGUGAAUUUGAAGAGUUGAUCCAAAGGCAGUGCCAGGAAGCGCAUGACAUCCUUGAGACCAGAUGGAUCCCCCAGUGUGCAGACCUUUUUGUUGAUCAGAAAGAAAAGUGGUUGCAUCUUGCCCCACAAAAUGACUUUGAUUCUUCUCAGCAAAUAGAGGAAUAUUUUGCUUCAGUAGCCAUCCUGAUGUCCUUGCAACUACGGGAGAUGGUCAUUAAUUCUCUAGAAGACCUCCUCACCUUUUUUAAGAUACACAAGGACGGAAAUGACUUUGGUGACACUUAUCAUGAUAUGCAGUUCUUUAUUCCGCAAAUACUGGUCAUCAAAUUGGAUGUGGAAGAACCUUCUAUUAUAUUUGAGCCGGAUGUGAGAAAUUUAUGGGAUUUAAUCUACCGCUGUUUUAUUGAGAUUCUCAAGCAUUCUGAAGGUCUCCCAAAGGUUCAAGUUAAACUCUUCCCAGAAUUAAAAGGAGAUGACCUAAUUCUUCGUACUGUCAACGAGAAUGAAACAUUGGUGGCAGACUAUGUAAAAAAAACUGCAGAGAUAUUUAACCUCAAUCUAAUUGGUCCACAAAAGUACUUGAAUGUGUACAGGAAAUACAACGAUCUCUUGAAUAACAAUGCUGACAAAGAUGUGACUGAAUUUUUAAGCAAAAGACACGAUCUGGAAGAUUUUGUAGAGAAAAUUGAUGGCUUGACAAAACUGAAGAAAGAAAUUGCUUCCUUGCAUGUCACUGUUCCCUUGGCCAUGUUCUGCCUGGAUGCCCUGAAACUGAAUGAAGAACUUUGCCAUCGGACCCAGAAGCUGAAGGACAGAUUGAUUGAGUUUGAAGUUGAUGAAAACAGGAGGAUUAACGAGAGCAUUUGCAACCAGUACAAUAUAAUUGCAGACAAAGUCAGUGAAGUGCCUUUGACCACUGAGGAGCUGGUUGAACUCACAGCCUACCUGAAAAAGUCCAGCGAAGUGACAGUGUUUAAGCUGCGCCGGGAAAUCAGAGAAGCCAUUUACCGGCUGGAGUUCUUAAUGGACUAUGCUGACCUUCCAAGUGAUGAUAUCAAACUAAAUAGUACAGUUCUGCAUUGGCCGGAUAGAAUUGAAGAUAUCUUUGACACCAGUCGGAAUCAACUCAUGAACAGGAGGGAUCAAGUUGAGGUUGCCCUGAUAAAAAGAUGCUCUGAAUUUGAAACUAUACUUGAAGGUUAUAACAAAGAAGUGGAAAGUUUCCGGAAGAAGGACGUCAUGACCAUGGAAGAAAUGAAGAAUAACGUUGAAAAAUUCACUGAGUUGUCAAAGAAUUUGGACCACGCUCUUCUGGAAUAUGAGGCUAUUAAUCAAGAAGAAGAGUUACUUGAACGAGAGAAAAGUCAGUUUCCUCUGCUGCAAACCAUCAUUACACACAAGAUCCCUUUUGAACAACUUUGGGUGACUGCUUACCACUUUCAUUUGAAAUCUGAGGAAUGGAUGAAUGGGCCUGUCCAACUCUUAAACUCUGAAGAAAUCAGCGAGGAUGUCUCCAGUAUGUGGCGAACCAUGUAUAAAUUGACAAAGACCUUUAUAGAUCUUCCUGGCCCCAAACGUAUGGCAGAAAAUGUGAAAUUUAAAAUUGACAAGUUCAAACAACAUCUGCCCGUCCUCUCAAUUGCCUGCAAUCGUGGGAUGAAAGACCGCCACUGGGAACAGAUCAGUGAGAUAGUGGGCUAUGAGAUACGGCCAGAUGAAACUACUUCAUUGAUGAAUAUGUUAGAAUAUGGGCUAUCGAAAUAUAUUGACAAAAUCGAGCCCAUUGGUGCAGCAGCUAGCAAAGAAUAUUCCUUAGAGAAAAACAUGGAGAAGAUGAAGUCAGAGUGGGUCAAUAUCCGCUUCUGUUUUGUAAAAUACAGGGAUACGGAUACCAGCAUCCUUUCAGCAAUCGAUGACAUUCAACUUUUGCUGGAUGACCACAUCAUCAAGACACAGACCAUGUGUGGCUCGCCAUUUAUCAAGCCGAUAGAAGGAGAAUGUCGGAGGUGGGAAGAAAAACUUGUCCUGAUGCAGGAAAUUUUGGACAACUGGUUAAAAUGUCAGGCAACGUGGCUCUACUUGGAGCCCAUCUUCAGCUCUGAAGACAUUAUUGCUCAAAUGCCAGAAGAAGGACGAAAAUUUGGAAUAGUGGAUACUUACUGGAAGGACAUCAUGGUCCAAGCGGUUAAAGACACUCGAGUCCUCAUUGCUACCGAACAGCCCAAGAUGUUGAGCCGACUUCAAGAAGCAAAUCUGCUUUUGGAAGACAUCCAGAAGGGCCUGAAUAAUUACUUAGAAAAGAAAAGAUUAUUUUUCCCAAGGUUCUUCUUCCUUUCAAAUGAUGAGUUGCUGGAGAUUUUAUCUGAAACCAAAGAUCCUCUUCGUGUUCAACCACACUUGAAGAAGUGCUUUGAGGGAAUUGCAAAACUGGAGUUCAGCGAAAGCUUGGAAAUUACAGGAAUGAUCAGUUCAGAGAAGGAAGUUGUUCCUUUUAUUAAGAAAAUCUAUCCAGCCCAUGCCAGGGGCAUGGUUGAGAAGUGGCUGUUGCAAGUGGAAGAAAUGAUGCUAGCCAGCAUUAGGCAAGUCUUAGAAAAUGGCAUCAAAGGCUAUGAUGAGGUUCCUCGAAAAGCAUGGGUGCUGCAGUGGCCCGGACAAAUAGUUAUCUGUGUCUCUUCAAUCUUCUGGACAAAAGAAGUUUCGGAAGCCAUAAAGGAAAACAGUUUACCUAGUUUUUUGGAGAAAAGCAACAGGCAGAUUGCAGACAUUGUGGAGCUGGUGAGAGGGAAGCUGUCGAGUGGAGCCCGGCUGACCCUGGGUGCCCUCACAGUCAUUGAUGUGCAUGCACGUGACGUGGUUGCAAAAUUGUCUGAAGACAAAGUUUCAGAUCUGAACGAUUUCCAGUGGAUUUCUCAGCUGCGAUAUUAUUGGGAAAACAGAGAUGUGAUAGUUCGAAUGAUUACAACAGAAGCCAAAUACGGAUAUGAAUAUCUGGGCAACUCGCCACGUUUGGUGAUAACUCCACUGACUGAUCGAUGUUAUAGGACCUUAAUGGGAGCAUUGAAAUUAAACCUAGGAGGAGCUCCUGAAGGACCGGCUGGCACCGGGAAAACUGAAACUACUAAGGAUCUUGCCAAAGCAUUGGCUAAGCAGUGUGUGGUCUUCAAUUGCUCAGACGGUCUUGAUUACAAAGCCAUGGGCAAAUUCUUUAAAGGACUGGCACAGGCUGGUGCUUGGGCCUGCUUUGAUGAGUUCAACAGAAUUGAGGUUGAAGUACUCUCCGUGGUAGCACAGCAGAUCCUCAGUAUUCAACAGGCUAUUAUUCGCAAGCUCCGGACAUUUCUCUUUGAAGGCACAGAAAUUUCUCUUAAUCCAACUUGUGCAGUAUUCAUCACAAUGAAUCCUGGGUAUGCUGGGCGAGCUGAACUUCCUGAUAACCUCAAGGCUUUAUUCCGAACAGUAGCCAUGAUGGUCCCAGAUUAUGCUUUGAUUGGUGAAAUUUCACUUUAUUCAAUGGGAUUUCUUGACUCCAGAAGCCUUGCCCAGAAAAUUGUUGCCACAUACCGUCUUUGCUCUGAACAGUUGUCAUCACAACAUCAUUAUGAUUAUGGGAUGCGAGCGGUCAAAUCAGUCCUGACAGCAGCAGGGAACUUGAAACUAAAAUAUCCUGAAGAAAAUGAAAGUGUGUUGUUGCUUAGAGCUCUGUUGGAUGUUAACUUAGCUAAAUUUUUGGCACAAGAUGUCCCUUUAUUUCAGGGAAUCAUAUCUGAUUUGUUUCCUGGAAUUGUCCUUCCACAACCUGAUUAUGUACUUUUCAUCCAAGCGUUGAAUAGCAAUAUUGAGAAAAUGAAUCUUCAACCAGUUCCCUGGUUUAUUGGGAAAAUUAUUCAGAUUUAUGAGAUGAUGAUGGUGCGUCAUGGCUUUAUGAUUGUUGGAGAACCAAUGGGGGGCAAAACUAUGGCCUAUAAGGUGCUUGCUGCCGCACUUGGGGAUUUGAGCCAAGAAGAAUCAAUGGAGGAAUCUGCUGUUGAAUACAAAAUUAUCAAUCCUAAAGCGAUCACCAUGGGGCAGCUGUACGGAUGUUUUGACCCCAUUAGCCAUGAAUGGACAGAUGGCGUUCUGGCCAACACCUUCAGGGAGCAGGCUUCCUCCACCAAUGAAGACAGAAAGUGGAUCAUCUUUGAUGGCCCAGUUGAUGCUGUUUGGAUAGAAAACAUGAAUACUGUAUUAGAUGAUAACAAGAAGUUGUGCUUGAUGAGUGGGGAGAUCAUUCAGAUGAGUGCACAAAUGAGCUUAAUCUUUGAGCCAGAAGAUCUUGAGCAAGCAUCUCCAGCAACCGUUAGCAGGUGUGGCAUGAUUUACAUGGAGCCUCAUCAGUUGGGCUGGAAACCUUUGAAGGAUUCUUAUCUGAACACGCUGCCUUUAAAUCUACAUGAUGUACACAGAGAAUUGGUUGACGACCUUUUUAUGUGGCUCGUUCAGCCUUCUUUGGAAUUUAUUCGCCAUCAUUGCAGAGUCUUGGUUCAGACCUCUCCUAUUCAUCUUACCCACACCAUGAUGACUUUGUUUGAUGCUUUGCUUGAUGAAAUCAGGAAUUCCAGUGAGGAAGACUCAGGAGAGGUCAUGUCCAGCCAGCAGAUAACCCUAUGGCUGCAGGGCCUGUUCCUCUUCGCUCUGGUUUGGACCAUCGGGAGCACUGUGAACGCAGAGGGCCGGAAGAAAUUUGACAAUUUUUACCGAAACCUUUUGAUGGGAAUGGAUGAUGAGAACCCGCGCCCCAAAAGCGUGAAGCUGACCAAAAACAAUCUAUUUCCAGAAAGAGGGAAUGUGUAUGACUUUUAUUUUCAUAAACAAGCCAGUGGACAGUGGAACAUGUGGACAGAUUAUAUAACAAAGGAGGAGCAAACAAUUGCUGCUGGAGCAAAGGUCUCAGAACUGAUCAUCCCAACCACAGAAACUGCCCGGCAGUCCUUUUUCCUCAAAACCUACGUGGAACAUGAAAUCCCCAUGUUGUUUGUGGGACCCACUGGCACAGGGAAAUCAGCCAUCACCAACAGCUUCCUCAUCCAGCUUCCCAAGGCCAAAUAUAUACCGAACGUCAUCAACUUCUCUGCCAGGACCUCCGCCAAUCAAACACAGGAUAUUAUCAUGUCAAAGCUGGACAGGAGAAGGAAGGGUCUUUUUGGGCCCGCCAUAGGAAAAAAAGCCAUUGUCUUUGUGGAUGACUUAAACAUGCCAGCCAAGGAAAUAUACGGCGCUCAGCCCCCGAUUGAACUCCUUCGGCAAUGGAUUGAUCAUGGCCACUGGUACGAUAAGAAAGAUACCACGAGGCUGGAUGUUGUGGACGUUCUCUUUCUUUCGGCCAUGGGUCCUCCAGGUGGGGGAAGGAAUGAUAUUACAGGGCGCUUUGUCCGGCAUUUGAACAUCAUCUCUAUCAGUUCUUUUGAUGAUGAAGUUUUAACCAAGAUUUUCACUUCCAUCGUAGACUGGCAUUUCAGCAAAGGGUUUGAACCUACCUUUUUAAGACUUGGCAAAAUGCUGGUCCACGCAACCAUGAAUAUUUACAAGCUGGCCAUGGAGAACUUCCUCCCAACUCCUUCGAAAUCUCACUAUGUCUUCAAUCUACGUGAUUUCUCCCGUGUGAUUCGAGGGGUGCUGCUAUGCCCACAUACACAUUUACAGGAUGGAGAAAAACUGAUCAGACUUUGGAUUCAUGAAGUUUAUCGAGUCUUUUAUGACCGCUUGAUCGAUGCCGAAGACAGAGAAGUGUUUUUUAAUAUGAUGAGAGAAACAACCUCUGACUGUUUUAAACAAAGUGUCGAUAAGGUACUAAGCCAUUUGUCUCGUACCAGCAAAAUCACUGAUGACAACAUUCGGAGUCUCUUCUUUGGAGACUAUUUCAAGCCAUCCAGUGACAAAAAGAUAUAUGAUGAGAUCACGGACUUGCAGAAACUGACAUCGGUCAUGGAAUACUACCUGGAGGAAUUCAACAAUAUCAGCAAGGCCCCUAUGUCUUUGGUCAUGUUUAAAUUUGCCAUUGAGCACAUUUCCCGCAUCUGUCGCGUCCUGAAGCAAGACAAUGGCCAUCUGCUUCUGGUGGGCAUUGGUGGGAGUGGCCGGCAGAGUGCCACCAAGCUGGGCACCUUCAUGAACUCAUACGAGCUCUUCAUGAUUGAGAUCACCAAGUUCUACACCAUGAACGAAUGGAGGGAGGACGUUAAGAGGGUCAUGCUGCAAUCGGGGGUGGCCAACAAGAGCACGGUGUUCUUGUUCUGCGACAACCAGAUAAAAGAUGAGUCUUUUGUUGAGGAUAUCAACAUGCUUCUGAACACUGGGGAUGUGCCUAACAUUUUUGCAGCAGACGAGAAGGCAGACAUUGUGGAGAAAAUGCAGAGUGCGGCUAGGACUGAAGGAAGGAGGAUUGAAGCCACACCUCUGGCCAUGUAUAACUUUUUUAUUGAGCGUGUGAAGAAAAAUCUACACAUUGUUCUAGCAAUGAGCCCAAUUGGAGAUGCAUUCCGGAAUCGCUUACGAAUGUUCCCAUCGCUGAUCAAUUGUUGCACUAUCGAUUGGUUCCAGCGGUGGCCCACAGAUGCUCUGGAAAUGGUUGCAAACAAAUUCUUAGAGGAUGUGAAGCUGGAAGACGAAAUCAGAAAAUCGGUUGUAUUCAUGUGCAAGUAUUUUCAAGAGAGCGUAAGGGAACUCUCGGUCAGUUAUUACAACAUUCUUCGAAGGCACAAUUACGUCACACCCACAUCCUACUUGGAAUUAAUUCUGACUUUUAAAACCCUGCUGAACUCCAAAAGGCAUGAAGUUGAUAUGAUGAGGAACCGCUACCUUGUAGGCCUUCAAAAACUUGACUUUGCAGCUUCACAAGUUGCAGUCAUGCAAAAAGAAUUGACGGCCCUCCAGCCUCAGCUGAUCGAAACCUCUGCAGAGACGGAGAAAAUGAUGCUUCACAUUGAGAAGGAAACGGCUGAGGUCGACGCCAAGAAAGAGCUGGUGGCUGGUGAUGAAAAGGAGGCCAAUGAAGCUGCUGCUGUGGCACAGGGGAUCAAGGAAGAAUGUGAGGGGGAUCUGGCUGAGGCCAUGCCAGCUCUUGAGGCUGCCCUCGCGGCUCUGGAUACCUUGAACCCUGCGGAUAUUUCUCUCGUCAAAUCCAUGCAGAAUCCGCCAGGGCCCGUCAAACUCGUCAUGGAAAGCAUUUGUGUCAUGAAAGGGAUAAAACCCGAAAGGAAGCCUGAUCCGACUGGAAGUGGUAAAAUGAUAGAAGAUUAUUGGGGAAGCUCCAAAAAGGUCCUGGGUGAUCUGAAAUUCCUUGAGGGCUUAAAGACGUAUGACAAAGAUAACAUUCCCCCUGUGGUCAUGAAGAGAAUUAGAGAGAAGUUUAUCAACCAUCCAGAUUUUCAGCCCGCAGUCAUAAAAAACGUCUCUUCUGCCUGCGAAGGCUUAUGUAAGUGGGUGAGAGCCAUGGAAGUCUACGACCGUGUUGCGAAGGUAGUUGCUCCAAAACGGGAACGACUCAAAGAGGCUGAAGGCUUGCUUGAUAUACAAAUGCAGAAACUCAAUAAAAAGCGAGCGGAACUCAAGACUUUGAUGGAUCGUCUCCAAGCUUUGAAUGAUGACUUUGAAGAAAUGAAUAACCGAAAGAAAGAGCUUGAGGACAAUAUUGAAAUGUGCUCCCAGAAACUGAUACGAGCUGAAAAACUGAUCAGUGGGUUAGGAGGUGAGAAGAACAGGUGGACGGAAGCAGCCCGCCUGCUUGGGAUCCGGUACACAGAUCUGACAGGAGAUAUCUUGCUGUCUUCAGGUACAGUAGCUUAUCUGGGGGCCUUCACUGUCGAUUACCGUCUUGAAUGUCAGCAGAAGUGGUUGGCCUUAUGCAAGGAGGAGAAUAUUCCAUGCUCAAAUGAUUUCAGCCUGAGUAACACUUUAGGGGAUCCAGUCAAGAUUCGUGCCUGGCAGAUUGCAGGAUUGCCCAUUGAUUCCUUUUCAAUUGACAAUGGCAUCAUUGUUUCCAACUCUCGACGAUGGGCCCUAAUGAUCGAUCCUCAAGGUCAAGCCAACAAGUGGGUCAAAAAUAUGGAAAAGGGCAAUAAACUCUCUGUCAUCAAAUUAUCUGACACCAAUUACGUAAGGUCAUUGGAAAAUGCUAUCCAGUUUGGAACCCCAGUCCUACUUGAAAAUAUUGGUGAGGAACUGGAUGCUUUUUUGGAGCCUGUUUUGCUAAAAACAACAUUCAAGCAGCAGGGAGUUGAGUAUAUGAGACUUGGCGAAAAUAUUAUUGAAUUCUCAAGAGACUUCAGAUUUUACAUAACAACUCGCUUGAGAAAUCCUCAUUAUCUUCCUGAAGUGGCGGUGAAGGUUUGCCUGCUCAAUUUCAUGAUUACACCUCUUGGACUUCAGGAUCAGCUUCUUGGGAUUGUAGCUGCCAAGGAAAAACCUGAACUGGAAGAAAAGAAGAACAAGCUGAUUGUUGAGAGUGCAGCUAACAAGAAACAGCUGAAGGAAAUUGAAGAUAAGAUCCUUGAGGUCCUUUCCAAGUCAGAAGGAAACAUCUUAGAAGAUGAGACAGCCAUUAAAGUUCUCUCAUCCUCCAAAGAGUUGUCUGAAGAAAUCUCUGAGAAACAGGAAAUUGCCAGCAUAACUGAAAUGGAAAUUGAUGCUACUCGGAUGGGGUACAAACCCGUGGCGGUCCAUUCAGCAACUGUCUUCUUCUGCAUUUCUGAUCUGGCCCACAUUGAGCCAAUGUACCAGUAUUCCUUGAUAUGGUUCAUUAACCUUUACAUCCAGUCACUUGCGAACAGUAAAAAAAGUGAGGUCUUGGAGGAAAGAAUUGGACACAUAAUUGACCACUUCACAAUAAGCAUCUACAAUAAUGUAUGCCGGUCCUUGUUUGAAAAAGACAAGCUUCUUUUCUCCCUUCUUCUGACCACUGGGAUUAUGAAAGGGAACAAUCAGAUAGAUGAUGAUGUCUGGCGUUUUUUAUUAACUGGAGGGGUGGCCCUGGAGAACCCUUACCCCAACCCUGCCUCAGAGUGGUUGAGUGACAAAUCGUGGGCUGAGAUAGUGCGUGCAUCUGGCCUAGAAAACCUAACUGGUUUGCUGGAUCAUUUUGAGUCCAAUGUCCUGGCAUGGAAAGCAAUUUAUGAUUCUGCUAAGCCUCAUGAAGAAGAAUUCCCUAAUGAGUGGCGUAAGCUGGUGGGUCUUGAACGCAUGGUGGUCCUCAGAUGUUUGCGACCAGAUAAAAUUAUCCCAGCAACCCAGCAAUUCAUCACAGAGAAUAUGGGAAGGAUCUAUAUUGAACCACCAACCUUUGAUCUAGCUGGAAGCUACAAUGACUCAAAUUGCUGUGCCCCUUUGAUUUUCAUACUGUCCCCAGGUGCUGAUCCCAUGGCAGGUUUGCUGAAGUUUGCUGAUGAUCUUGGGAUGGACAGCAUUCAGACCAUUUCUUUGGGACAAGGACAAGGCCCGAUUGCAGCCAGGAUGAUCAAUCAGGCUAUUAGUGACGGUACUUGGGUUGUGUUGCAGAACUGCCACCUUGCAACCAGCUGGAUGCCCGCUUUGGAAAAAAUCUGUGAGGAAAUCAUCGUGCCUGAAAAUACUCAUACCAAAUUCAGGUUGUGGCUGACUAGUUACCCAUCAGAAAAGUUUCCUGUCAGCAUCCUCCAAAAUGGGAUCAAAAUGACCAAUGAGCCACCCAAAGGAGUCCGAGCAAACCUCCUCCGCUCAUACCUCAAUGACCCAGUUUCCGACCCCACCUUCUUUAACAGCUGUGAAAAAAAACAAAUCUGGCAUAAGAUGCUGUUCGGCCUCUGCUUCUUCCAUGCUCUGGUGCAAGAAAGAAGAAACUUUGGCCCUUUGGGUUGGAAUAUUCCGUAUGAAUUCAACGAAUCUGAUCUUAGAAUCAGCAUGAGGCAGAUUCAAAUGUUUCUGAAUGAAUAUGAGGAAACCCCAUUUGAGGCUCUAACUUAUCUUACAGGAGAAUGUAAUUAUGGUGGAAGGGUGACAGAUGACAAGGACAGACGUCUCCUCCUCUCGCUUCUCUCCAUAGUAUAUUGCAAAGAGAUUGAAACAGAGGAAUGCUAUCAACUUUCCCCUGGGGGGGAAUAUUAUAUACCUCCCUAUGGGACAUACCAGUCUUACAUAGAUUAUUUAAGAACACUGCCAAUUUCAACCCAUCCUGAAAUAUUUGGGCUUCACGAGAAUGCCGACAUUACGAAGGAUAACCAAGAGACCAACCUGCUUUUCAGUGGGGUCUUGUUGACCCUGCCUCGACAAGCUGGAGGAGGAGGCAAGUCUCCACAGGAAACAGUUGAAGAAUUGGCGCAGGAUGUCCUCUCCAAGCUGCCAGCAGAUUUUGACCUUGAAAAUGUGAUGAAACUGUAUCCAGUACUUUAUGAGGAAUCUAUGAACACGGUGCUUAGGCAAGAACUGAUCAGGUUUAACAGGCUUACAGAAGUUGUCCGGAGCAGUCUGAACAGCCUCCGCAAAGCCAUCAAAGGCCUGGUGUUGAUGUCUUCAGAACUUGAGGAUGUUUUCAACAGCAUGCUUGUGGGCAAAGUGCCAGCUAUGUGGGCAGCCAAAUCCUAUCCAUCACUCAAACCACUGGGGAGUUAUGUGACUGACUUAAUCACACGGUUGGCCUUUUUUCAGGAAUGGAUCAAACAGGGACCACCAAAUGUAUUUUGGAUCUCCGGUUUCUAUUUUACUCAAUCUUUCUUGACGGGUGUUUCACAGAAUUAUGCCAGAAAAUACACUAUCCCAAUAGAUCAUAUUGGAUUUGAAUUUGAGGUGAUGAAGAUGGAGCAUACCAUGCAGCAUAUGCCUCAAGAUGGAGCCUACGUAAAAGGGCUUUUUUUGGAAGGAGCCCGAUGGGACAGGAAAACCAUGCAGAUCGGCGAAUCUUUCCCCAAAAUCCUUUAUGAUUCCUUGCCCAUCAUUUGGCUGAAACCUGGAGAGAGCGCCAAGUUUUUGCACGAAAGGAUCUACUUGUGUCCUGUCUACAAAACCAGUGCCAGGAGAGGCGUCUUGUCUACCACCGGCCAUUCCACCAACUAUGUCCUCUCCAUUGAACUUCCUUCUGACCUUCCCCAGAAACACUGGAUCAAUCGGGGGGUGGCAGCACUUUGCCAGUUAGAUGACUGAACUGUAUGUACGCUACAGAUGUAUUCCUGCACAUUCUCAUUAAAAGAUGUAUACUUUG